CUAGUGUUUAUCUCUCUUUUCUCAAUUCUGUGAAAUUUGGUUUUUAAUUUGCUAGAGCUGUUUCUUCUUUCAAGCUCUUUCGAUUGGGAUCCGAAUUGGCGUUUUACGAACGUUGGUUUGGUUGUUACUUGCUAAACAACACACAGCUUUAUCCUUAACACUAUAGUUCUCUUGCGAUUUAAAUUAUCCACGCUUGCAUUUCUUCUUCAAUUUUAACUGUAUGGGACUCGCUUCGAUCUUAAAACGCAGAAAAAAAGGUCAAUUCGAGUCUGUCUCUAUAGUUUCUAGAGAUUUAAUCAGCAGUUUGCCAGAUGAGAUUCUUGCCAAAAUACUGUCUUCACUUCCCACAAAAGUUGCUGCUUCCACAUCGGUUCUGUCCAAGAGUUGGAGGAAUUUGCUACCUCUUGUAGACAGCCUAAACUUUGAUGACUCAAUCUUUCUUUACCCCGAAAGAGACGACGAAGAAGCAAGGUGUGUCUUGUUCUCUGAUUUCGUUGACAAAACAGUUGCUCUGUUAAGCACAUGUCCCAUCAAGAGUUUCUCUGUGAAUGGCCGCUAUGAAAAGCCUCGUGUUAACGGUUGGAUUCGCACCGCGAUGCAACGCGGUUUAUCGGAACUACACUUGCGGUGUCGGCAUCAGAUAGAUAGAGAUGCAGAUUUUUUUUUCUGGAGCAAGACAUUGGUUAAGCUCACACUUUCCAAUGGAUGUCGUAUUAAAUAUGUUCCUACGAAGAAGGGUUUUGUAAUUUUCCCAUCGCUCAAAUCGCUUUCUCUCGGCGAUGUUGCAAUUUGUCAUGCUCAUUUUGAUAAUCUCAUGGCUUCGUGCCCGGGGCUGGAAGAAGUGUUCAUACGUAAUGGAGAUGGCCAGCCAUUCCCGCCAAGUUGGACUGGACUUGUGUCAGGUGAUUUCAUGAAGCGGCUUGUAAUUUAUUCCCAUGUUCCCAAGUAUACAAAUUUUUACAAAAAAGAAGAGGUUUGGCUCGAUACUGUGGAUGUCGGAUUCACACACUCAAGUAUUUUUGUUAAGUGA